AUAUCAUGUUUUAAUUGCACAUUACCAUAUUUCAGAUCUUUUACAAAAUAUCCGAUCAACACGAAGAAACAAGUAACUUAACGCAUCUGAGGCCACUUGAACACCAAUGACGGACCAAACCACCUCCGGUAACCCACCACCGGCCGCCUCCUCUUCGCUUCCACCUCAACCACCACUGCUGAUACCAAACCUACCAGAUGACGUCGCACUCCAAUGCAUCGCUAGAGUUCCACGGUCCUACCACCGCUCCCUCUUACUAGUCUCCAAGUUAUGGCGAUCCACCAUACGCUCCCCACACUUCUUCGCCAUCCGAUCCCUCAUCCGUUCGACACAACAGUCCCUCUACCUCAACAUCCGCCACAACUCUUCUUUCAAGUGGUAUUAUCACCCAAACCCUAACCCUACCGAUAAAGGCAUCUUAUCUCCUCUCCCGCCCAUCCCAAUUCAACCCGUCGGUUCUGCAUAUGCCGUACUCGGCCACAAAAUAUACCUAAUCGGCGGUUCGAUUAACGAUAUUCCCUCGACAUCUGUUUGGGUUCUCGAUUGUAGGGUUAAUAGAUGGGAAAUUGGGCCUAAAAUGAGAGUUGGGAGAGAGUUUGCAGCUGCAGCGACGGUAAAUGAAAAGAUAUAUGUGAUGGGUGGAUGCUUGGUGGAUAAUCGAACUCGGUCGAUUAAUUGGGCGGAGGUUUACGAUCCGGCGGUAGGGGUGUGGUGCCCGCUACCAAGCAGUUCGGUGGAGGCAAAGGACAAAUGGAUGCAUGCUAAUGCUGUUAUAGAUGGUAAGAUUUAUGCGAUGGCAGACAGGGGCGGAGUGGUUUAUGAUGUUGCGGAGAUGGAGUGGGGGAGAGUUCCGAAGAGGCUCGACAUGGGAUGGAGGGGGCGAGCUGCAGUUGUAGACGGGGUUUUGUAUUGCUAUGAUUAUUUGGGGAAAAUUAGAGGGUAUGAUGUUGAGAAGGAUGUUUGGAAGGAGUUAAGAGGGGUGGAGAAAGGGUUGCCGAAGUUUUUGUGUGGUGCAACAAUGGUGGAUUUGGAUGGGAGGUUGUGUGUGGUGUGGGAAUGCAAAGAGGGUGGUGGUGGUGAGAAAGCAAUUAUGUGUGCAGAGAUUGAAGUUUAUACGAAUGAAGAUGGAGGAUUAAGCGGUUCGAUCUUGUGGGUUGAUGUGGUUCUUUCUGUUCCUGUAGGUUCUUCGAUUCUUCAUUGCAUGGCUGUUUCUCUGUGACUUGUGACUUCCAUUAUAUUACCAGGGAUCUUGAACUAUUGCCAUUGCAAAAUAAUGUGAAUGUAUAUGGAUAUGGUCCUUAUCUGCAAGGUAUACGUACAGAUCUUUGGGGAAUUAAGAGCUGAAGCAGUAUUGUUGAUUGUUAAAAAAAUGUGAAUGUAUAUCAUCUUGUCUUGAUUAUAAAUAAAAAGCCUGUGUUGAAAUGUUGCGAAGGCUACUUGUAUUUCUUUGGUUUGUUGUACAUAUAUUGCCAACUUCUACUUCAAUUGUAAUGAGCCCUCUUUCCUCU